GGAGGGAGUAAUUAUAAAUAACACAGCUCAUCUUUGACCCAAAAAAAAAAAAAAAAAAAGACACAGUGCAUACGUUAACAAACGAACUCUCUAAUUUUCUCGGAAAAUCAAAAAGCGACUAAGAGAAUCUGAAGCUAUUCACUCGCCCAGCUGCUGUAGCAGCUACUUGCUCCGAGUGAUCGAUUCCAGAGUAUGAGGCUUCCUUCUCCUAGUCCCGUCGAGCCCAGACACCGACUACCUAGUCAAACCGAUGACACAAACAGGAGGAGAUCUCUGAGAAAUCGAGAUUCUAAAGAUCUCGAGAAAGGAGGAGGAUCACACACCUCCUUUCACUAUAGAAACUGGACUGCCAAGUUCUCUACACUGAAACUCGUCUUGAUCCUUCUCGUGCUCGUUGCUGUGUUCACUCUCUACCGUUCCCCACCUGUACACAUUGCAGAUCAUCCAUCCAAUAACAACUCUAGUUUUGUAACCAGAUGGAGUAGUAGAGAGUCGAGUGAAAUUGAUCCUCGCUAUCUAUCUACAGCUGAGAUAAACUGGGACCAUGUGUCAGACGUUGUAGAGAAGUUAACUGGGAAGAGCGAGUAUCAAGGAGUUGGCUUUAUAAAUCUCAACGGUGACGAGGUUGUUCCAUGGAAGGAGCUUAUACCUGACUGUGACCAUGUCCCACUGCACCUGGACUAUAUGGCGAAUAAUAUAACAUGGGAGUCCUUAUACCCUGAAUGGAUUGAUGAAGAGGAACAGUUCGAAGUCCCCACUUGCCCUUCUCUUCCCUGGAUUCAAGUUCCUGGCAAGCCUCGGAUUGAUCUUGUCGUCGCCAAGCUUCCGUGUAACAAAGGUGGGAAGUGGUCAAGGGAUGUUGCUAGAUUACACUUGCAGCUAGCAGCAGCUCGUGUGGCUGCCUCUUCUAAAGGGCUUCACGAUGUGCAUGUUCUUUUUGUUACUGAUUGCUUUCCUGUUCCUAAUCUUUUUAUUGGAAAGGAGCUUGUUGCUCGUCAAGGGAACUUAUGGCUGUAUAAGCCUGACCUUCACCAGCUGAGGCAAAAGGUAGAGCUGCCUGUUGGCUCCUGUGAACUCACAGUUCCUCUUAAAGCUAAAGAUACUUUCUACUCAGCAAGUGCAAAGAGAGAAGCGUACGCUACCAUAUUGCACUCUGCUAACUUUUACGUCUGUGGAGCUAUAACAGCAGCGCAGAGCAUUCGCAUGUCUGGCUCUACACGAGACCUGGUGAUACUUGUUGAUGACUCGAUCACUGAGCACCAUAGAUCUGGCCUUGCAGCCGCUGGAUGGAAGAUCUAUCCAAUUCAAAGGAUUAGGAAUCCGAAAGCUGAAGCAGAGGCUUAUAACGAAUGGAACUACAGCAAGUUUCGUCUUUGGCAAUUGACUGAAUACGACAAGAUCAUCUUCAUCGAUGCUGAUAUGCUUAUCCUCAGGAACAUUGACUUCCUCUUUGAGAUGCCUGAGAUAUCCGCUACCGGAAACAACGCUACGCUCUUUAACUCCGGUGUGAUGGUGGUUGAGCCAUCGAACUCCACGUUCCAGCUACUCAUGGAUCACAUCAACGAAAUCGUUUCGUACAACGGAGGAGACCAAGGCUACCUCAACGAGGUAUACACGUGGUGGCAUCGGAUCCCGAAACACAUGAACUUCCUAAAGCACUUCUGGGAAGGCGACGAGCCUGAGAUCAAACAGAUGAAGACGCGUCUCUUUGGAACCGAUCCUCCUAUCCUCUACGUCCUCCACUACCUUGGUAACAAACCUUGGCUAUGCUUCAGAGACUACGACUGCAACUGGAACGUGGACAUUCUCCAGGAGUUCGCAAGCGAUGUAGCGCACAGAACGUGGUGGAAAGUGCACGAAGCCAUGCCUGAGAACUUGCAGAAGUUCUGUCUGCUGAGAUCGAAACAGAAGGCGCAGCUGGAGUGGGAUAGGAUGCAAGCUGAGAAAGGAAACUACACGGAUGGACAUUGGAAGAUUAAGAUCAAAGAUAAGAGACUAGAGACUUGUUAUGAAAAGUUCUGUUAUUGGGAGAGUAUGCUUUGGCACUGGGGUGACAAGAACUGGACUGACAAUUCCACUAACUCUUUAUUGCCUCCUACAUCACUUAAAGCAAAUCUUUCUUCAGUGUAAGUUCUGUUAUAUGAUUAUAUUGUUACCGUAUAGUUUACUUCUCUGGGUAUAGAAACAGGCAUAGUUCCUUGAUAGAUGUC